UAACACUAUACAAACUCUCCUCCUCACCGUACCCACUCCUCCAUCGAUGGCAAUGGCCACUUCUAUCACUGCUCUCACCUCAUCCUUAUCUUCUCUCUCAUUCUCCUCACAAAUUUCCCACAAACCCUUUCAAUCCCUCUCUUUUCCAUCACCAAAGCCCCUCUCUCUACGAUCCGCUGCCCCCAAAUUUCCCGCCCUCGUUGUCGCCGCCUCCUCUGCCGUCGCCGACGCAGACGUCGAAACAGCGGACUUGAAGAAGUUGGUGAAGUCUAGGCUUCCCGGUGGAUUCGCGGCGCAGAAUAUUAUCGGCACUGGACGCAGGAAAUGCGCCAUUGCUAGGGUUGUUCUUCAGGAAGGCUCUGGAAAAAUUAUCAUCAACUAUCGGGAUGCUAAGGACUACCUUCAAGGAAAUCCUCUAUGGUUGCAGUAUGUUAAGACUCCGCUUAUGACUUUAGGCUAUGAGAGUAGCUAUGAUGUAUUUGUCAAGGCACAUGGGGGUGGUCUUUCUGGGCAGGCUCAAGCAAUUUCCCUUGGCAUUGCUCGGGCAUUGUUGAAGUUGAGUGACAGCCACAGAUCACCUCUGAAGCAGGAAGGUCUCCUGACCAGGGAUGCGAGAGUAGUCGAGAGGAAGAAGCCUGGGUUACGGAAAGCUAGAAAGCGCCCUCAAUACUCAAAGCGUUGAGGGAUUGCAAUUUGAAGUCAUCCUGGAACUGGACAGUUGUGUUCAUAUGCGGACAGACAUGGAGUUGUAGCGAGCAUCUUCUUCCUGACUAGUGUGUAAAUUUUUCAUUUAGGCUGCCAUUUUUCAUUAUGCUCGGGAAUAUUAGGGGAACGAAACACCCGAAACCAUAACAAGAUUAAUGGUUGUUGCUUCUACUUUAUGACGUUCAGCUGUAUCAACUCAAAGCUACUCAAAAUUUAAAUUUUUGAUCAGUCACUAAACAAUACAUUCAUCAACCGUGCUAGAAUUCGUUCAAUUAUUAAUAUGUUACUUACGGUA